GAGUGUAUCAGAGGGAUAAUUUGGAAUAUCAUGUCUAAUUGCAAAAAACUAAGGUAUCCUAGAAUUUCCCGCGAUCCUGAGUCCUGACUGGUUUACCCUUUAUCCUAGAUGUACAACUUGUCCUUUAUUUUAAGCUAUUGAAGAAUGUCUCCUGCAUGUUUUCUAAUUCUUGCCCGGUUUCUGUCAAUGAACUUUUUCGACAUAAAAAAUUUGUGAUAGACAAGUUUAAAGUUUCAAAAUACUCACGUCAAAAGAUUUAAAUUUGACUAUUCCCCGUAUUUUCUGUUUUCCCUUGCCUUGUUUUCUGUCAAUGUUAUGUUUUUGACAUCAAAAUAUUUUUCCAAUGUCUAUGUCAAAAUGUUCGAAAUAAUACUGGUAAAAGCUUUAAAAAAGCAGGCAACAAUUUUCCUUUAUCAACGUUGUCUUUGAUGUGAAAAGGGACAAAACUAGCAUAUUCCUAUGGUAAGAUCUAAGGGGUGUAUCUCAUAUCCAUAUUUGCCAAAGCGAAAAAGAAGAGAUUCCUCUCCUGUACUAGUUGUUCUAUGAAUAUACCUUUCCUCCCUUGACAACCCAGAACAUCAAUCUGAAUGCCAAUUUCCAAAGGAAAGCAUCUAGCACAGGUGCCUUUCUUCAGCCAAGCUGCUGACAUGCAGACAUAUUUGCAGCAACCUGCAACAACCAAGCGCAGUAAUGGCGAAGGUCUUCUACUCACCCCUAGUUCAUCUUCUCGGCGCAUUGCUUGUCAUCCUUACACCAAUUUUCAUUCAAGGAGUUGAAGGAACAAUUGGUAUCAAUUACGGCACAGUGGCUGACGACCUGCCUCCACCAGUCCAAGUUGCGCGCUUCCUCCUUGAAUCCACAUUUAUCCGUAGUGUGAGACUCUUUGAUGCCAACCCAGAAAUCUUGAAAGCAUUUGCUCACACUGGUAUUUCAGUGACUCCCAACGUCCCCAAUGACUUUAUUCCACACCUUACCAAGUUAAGUUUUGCCCGGCAAUGGGUGGAAACUAACGUCCUGCCUCACAUCCCCGCCACCAACAUAGUGAGAAUACUUGUUGGCAAUGAAGUAAUUUCAACUGCCAACAAGUUACUUAUUGGGAGCCUAGUUCCUGCUAUGGAAACACUCCACGCUGCCCUCGUCGAAAGAUCCUUGGACCGUCUCAUCCAAAUUUCUACACCACAUUCCCUAGGCAUACUCGCAAGUUCUAGCCCACCUUCCACUGGGAAAUUUAGACCAGGAUAUGACAUCCAUAUUCUCAAGCCAUUGCUUGACUUCCUCAGAGCUACUAAUUCACCAUUCAUGAUAAACCCAUAUCCAUUUUUUGGUUUUUCUCAAAACACACUAGAUUAUGCACUCUUCAGGCCUAAUCCAGGGGUGUUCGACGAAAACACACGACUCACCUACACGAACAUGCUGGAUGCACAGUUAGACGCCGUCUACUCGGCCCUAAAGCUCCUGGAUUUUGAAGAUAUUGAGAUUGUUAUUGCAGAAACUGGGUGGCCGUCGAAAGGAGAUCCAGGGCAAGCUGGAGUAGACGUUGGAAGCGCGGCGGAAUACAAUAGAAAGCUCAUGCAACACGUGAUGUCUGGUGUUGGGACACCACUAAUGCCUAACAGGACAUUUGAAACGUACAUUUUUGCACUCUUCAAUGAGGAUUUAAAACCAGGGCCAACUUGUGAAAGAAAUUUUGGAUUGUUCAAGCCUAAUAUGACGCCAGUUUAUGACAUAGGAAUCCUACGUCCAACGGUAGCUAAUGCUGCCAAUGCUGCUGCGCCCGUUAAUGAUCAUAGUCACACUAAUAGUAGAACAUAUUUGUUAAUACUCCUGUACGUGUGCUUGAUGUGUCUGUAAAAUUGGCUCUGGUCUGCAGGCAAAAGUGAUUCCAUCGUAUUCGACACCAAAGGCUGCACCUAUGAAUCCAACAACACCUGCACCUGCUAAAGGAAAAAGAUGGUGUCUUCCGAAAUCAGGAGCAAAUAAGGAAGCAAUACAGAGGAACAUUGAUUAUUGUCUACACUCCGGUAGGUGGUCUGGUCGUGCAAGGGGGUGUUGGAGUGGGUUAGAGUCCUACAUUGGUUGGGGAAUGGACUGAUAGCCUCCUUAUGAACUUGGGCAAUCCUCGCCUCAUGAGCUAGCUUUUGGUGUUGAGUUAGGCCCAAAUGUCAUAUCUUUACAUGGUAUCAGAGCCAGAUCUGUUCCCGUUUGAGCCCCUAUAAUAUAUUGUUCACGCUCCAGUUGGUGGUCUGGGCAUGCGAGGGGACACAUUGAUUGGGGAAUGGGCUGGUGAUCUCCUUAUAUGGACUUGGGCAAUCCAACCUAGUGGAAGUAUGGUUAUGCUUGUGAUUUUAAAGGAACUGGAGCUGUCAUCACUAGAGAUCCAAGUAAGUUGGGAUGGUUAAGUUGCUUUGAUUUGAAAUCAUGUUGUGAGAGCUUAAUGAUUCGAUUCCUUUGUAUAAUUGUAUCUUGAAAUUUCAGGCUACGGAAAGUGCAAAUAUUGAAGGAUGUUUUGGAGCAAAAGAACUACCGUUCAUAGAAGAUAUACUAACCAAAAAAGUAAUUAUAAGCUAGUUUGACGAGCUUUUAUAAGCUUAGCCAAACACCCUCUAAAUUUCUUUUGAUUGCUCAAUUUUGAAAUAAGAAAAUUACAUUUGGCUUUGUGAAGUAUAUACGAAGUU